GUUACCCGAAGAAGAAGAAGAAGAAGAAGAAGAAGCGACCCGGCGGCUACAACAGGCUGCCUCUUCACCGGGGCUGGGACAAGACUUUAACCUGAGAUUUAAGGCGUUAAACCGGAUGCCUCUAUGAUCCAACUAACCUCACAGCGAUAUACACACUGCUCAGUUUACACACGAGGUGAGCCAUGGCUGAACCGAACCCCUCCCGUCCCCAGAGGAAGAUGUCCACAGCUGGGGAGAGUGUGUACAAGGUGCUAGGGCUGGAGAAAGGAGCCACAGCUGAGGACAUCAAGAAAGCGUACCGGAAACUAGCAUUGAAGUAUCACCCAGAUAAGAACCCCGAAAACCCCGAGGCAGCGGAGAAGUUCAAGGAGAUCAACAACGCCAACUCCAUUCUGAACGAUGAGACCAAGAGGAAGAUCUACGACGAGUAUGGCUCCAUGGGCCUCUACGUGUCCGAGCAGUUCGGAGAGGAGAGCGUCAAAUACUACUUCCUCAUGUCCAAAUGGUGGUUCAAGGGCAUGGUUCUGUGCUGCACGCUGUUCACCUGCUGCUGCUGUUGCUGCUGCUGUUGUUUUUGCUGUGGGAAAUGUAAACCACCAGACGAUGAUGAAAACUACCAGUAUGUGGACCCUGAAGACCUGGAGGCCCAAAUCAAAGCAGAGCAGGACGGAGGUUUCACAGUAAUCAUAGGCCAGCCUACGUCUAAUCCAGAUCCAGAAAGCCCAAAGGGACAGAGUCAGCCCAUCCCCCUGCCCAUGCCUAUGCCUCCACCUGAGCCUCAGUCGCCGACCUCAGCCAAUGCAGCGGGGGAAGAGAACCCCGGGGAGACUUUACCGGAGUCGAAAUGACUCGAAGGUGAUGGCGUGGAUGAGGCUCAACUAACAGAAGCAGUCCGUCGCGCUCCUGUUAUGAUCCAGCCACAUUCGACUGCUGCCAGCGACACAGAGAAAACAACCAGCCCACAGCCGCCACCAGCCAGCCCGGGCCAACACCUUCAGUCCUGACCCCUCAUCAUUAACCUGAUCCACCCACUGGACAACGCCCUGAAAGGUGGGCACUUAAGAGGCUCUUGGGUCUCCCUCCAAGGAACUCGAUGAAUGGAGGAGAAUGAUUAAAGAUGAGAACACUAGCUGUUUCUUUUUUAGCCGUCCCUCCAUCGAGUCCUGUCUCCUCUACUUUUAGCCUAGCCCCGGGCUGGAUGUGAUCUUGCUAGCCGUUUCAUGCCCUUCCAGAGCUAGUAUGGCAACAUGCCCGAACUGACCUCUCUAAUCUGUUCCUGUCAUCCCAUUACAAACAGUGAGGAUGUGACACUUGGAAAGGUUGUCCUCUAGUUGUCGGCUAUCCAGAUCAGGACUGGAAUCAUUUCUUUUUUCUCUCAUCUGGUCAUCAACAGGAGCACUUUUUUUUUUUUUUUUUUUACAUUUCUCCCUCACCUGUUUAGGAGAAAAAAAACUAACAAGUGUUUUUUGUUACUGAAGAGUGGACUUGGAUUACAGCUUGUUACGCGUACUCUUCAUCAGACGCCAGCAGCACGACUUUCUGGGUGUUGUGGAUCUUUUUUGUUCUUCUCUUGUCCUGUUUAAAAAAAUAAAAACAUUCUGCUAAACGUCGACCCUCAAACGAGCUCCUGCUGCCGAGUGAUGUGGUGACAAACGUCUGAGAGAUCAUCUUCCAAAGGAGGACAGACUGCAGCUACACUAAGGACACACUGAUGUGAAGCGGAACAGGAGAGAAGAGAGAACCUCACAGACUCACACAAAAAAAAAAAAAUCCUGACUGUGAUGUUUGAUGUCUGAGCCAAAAAACCCCGGAGCUGCAAAGUCGAGGCUAACCCCCUUCCCCACCACGCAUGCUUUUAUUUCUCCAAGAAUGCAUGCCCCCUACUGUACAGCACUGGAAUUACACUUCAAAACCCUCACACCAAAAACAUGUGAAAAAAACCUGCCUGGCCUGACCUUAAAGGGCAAGCAGACUCUGGUUACACACACACACACACACACACACACACUUAAUACAGACAAAUGAUACCAGCCCUUAUGUCAUGUGCCACCCUUUGCUAAAGAAAUACGAGCCCCGGGAUAAUGUGAGUGACAGAAGCGUGUUAAGUGUUUACUAGAAGAUGUUUUUUAUUUAAAGAGAUUUUGUUCGUCUGCUUUAUUUGCGAUUAUCUUUCUUUCUGUUGCAGUCAGGCUGUUUGGUAGACCAAAGGCAACAGCUUCAUGUAGCCAGCCAACACACGAUCCCUGAGGUGGACAGUCUCUGUAAAAAGCCAUUUGCUACACCUGAAAGCCACAUUUUAGUUUGUUACAUUUGUUUGUAUUAAAUGAUUAGAGAGAGAGAGAGACUUAAGGAAUACUGUAUUUUAACUGGCUAACCUAGAAGUUAACAUCCCCCUGGUUCUAUUGUUAAAAAGCCAAUUAGAAUUGUAGUUAGAAUAAAACAGGAAGUAAAUGAUUCUCAUACAACUGAUUAAACAAAAUAAUCUUUACAAAUACACA